GCAGUCAAACCCGGAACUACACUUCCUAGUUACGGAAGUCUUGCAGUUGUGUCCGUUUGGACCUUUCUUUAACUGUCUAUGGUUUGGACGACGAGUGAUUUUGGGACAUGUUGGGGCAAGUACCGUCACCCAAAUGAAGGCAAACAUAGUAGUAACGUUACUGUUAACGUUACGUUGUUGUUAAAACACUGAAACUGUACGUAGGCCGUUGGUUAGCGAAUAAGUAUUUGCCUUCUAUGAGCUUGAUGUGUGAAAGUGGUCACAAUGUACAUUCUUAAACGCGUGGUGUGCGCUGGAGGCGUCAUUGUCCACCGAUGCACCUCCCUCGCUGUGAGGAAUGUCUCUGCUUGCUAUUGCCUAAGUUCCCCAAAGAGACACAGCCCGUACAGCUUAGUGGACUGUGAGCGCUACUCUUCUCUUGUGAAGUCUGUAAUGUCAUCCAGGGUCAGUUCCCAAACCCCUGAGACCCUGCUAACGGAGGAUGAGCACAUCUAUGGACCCGUUGUCAAAGCACAAACGCCUUCCUCAAGACCAGAAAUGAGGGGACCCAAAACCCUUCAUCCCUUCUUACACUGCCAAGACAGUAUAGAAACAGAGGAGCCAGAGCCAGGACCUCCUGCCCGGAUUUUGUUAAACCGGGGCCAGAGCAGAUCAUCCGUACCGAGUGUGACGCGCAUUCUUCAGCAGACGCUUUCCCAAGAGCAGAUCUUCUACCUGGAGAGGUGGAAGAGGAAGAUGAUCGCAGAGCUUGGAGAGGAAGGCUUUAAAGAAUACAGUCAGAAUUUAUUUAGGCAAGGGAAGCUUUUCCAUUCAACUUUGGAGGACAUCUUGACGUCAGGUGCAACAUGGAAGAACAAAAAUCCUACAGAGAGAGCAGAGUAUCCACCUGAGGUACAGGGAUACAUGGAGAGCAUCUCUCACGUACUGGAGGACGUCAGUGCAGUGAGAGCUACUGAAAGCACCGUGCAACAUGACACUCUGAACUAUCUGGGAAUUGUGGAUUGUGUUGCUCGCUACAGGGGUGUACUAUGUGUUAUUGACUGGAAGACUUCAGAGAAGCCCAAACCAUUCCUGAGCAACACAUAUGACAAUCCGAUUCAGGUGGCAGCCUACGCCGGGGCUUUGAACAACGAUGGAAACUACAAAUACCAGGUUGAAAAUGGACUCAUUGUAGUAGCCUACAAAGAUGGCUCACCUGCCCAUGCUCAUCAGUUGAGCUCAGAGCUGAUGUUGGAGUACUGGAAAACUUGGUUGGUUCGUCUUGAAAAGUUCACAGAACAAAGAUCCAGUCCUGCAUCAAGUGUUUUUGCGGAAAAGAGAUGAGAUGUGUGAAGAGAAGUCUUUAAGGCCAUGUCCAUGAAGCAUGGUCAUUUCAGUUUAAGGCAAAUGAAGCUAAACUGAAAAUAUACCAUGCUCACAUGCAGUAGGAGGGUAAAAACAUAUGCCUUUUAACCUUGAUUUCUGACUAGCGUUUUUAUAUAACCUUUCCCCUUUCAAUGCUGAGGGCAACUUUUACGGGGCGUCUUCUAUGAGGUAAAAAAAUCAUUGAAUUCAAACCAGGCUUCCCUGUAUGAGGGGUCCUCAGUGAAGCCCAGGCUUCUAAAGAGCCUGUAGGAGACGUCAUUCUCCUCCUCUAUGAAGCAGUACACUGGGUAGCCCUGAGCGUGGAAUCUCUUGGCCAUUGUGCUGGCCAGGACUUUGGCGUAGCUUUUCCCUCUGUGUUCUGGCAGAGUGUACAACAUGCCCAUUGCACAUGACGCAUACGUCAGGAUCCAGGACACAGGCUUUCCUUCUGCAUCCAGCACGCAGCAGGAGGGGAAGUUCGCUAUCAUGUUCCGGAUCAUCCUGGCCCCACCCUCGUUCUUUCCAAACUUCCACAUCUGAUUCACCAAGCUGACGUGGGAUUCAUCCAGAGAGCUAAGUGAGAUCCCGGAGCUGAUGCAGAACAGAGCAGGUGGCUUUUCAGAGCAGAUUUCUGCUUUAUGAUGAUCUACUAAACCUAAGAUAAUGAUUUAGUCACACGCUAGACACUAAAGACAUCACCACUGCAUAGCUAGGCUCUACCUGUCUAUAGGGGGAAGGUUGGAUACAUCCUCCAGUAUCAUCAUGUGACACACUGCCAGUUUUCUGCUGGACACGCCUUUUUCUGAUGCCACUGCUUGAAAUAUCUCCGAGUGGCAAAGAUUGAUUCCUUGACAUGAAGCAAAAGACAAUAAAAAAUGUGUGGAACUU